AUGGUUGGAGUUAAUACUUAUUGCGAUAAAUUCGAAAGACUUGCAAGAUUACCUCCUAAUAGCAAUGAAACAUCAGGUAUAAAGAAAAUCUCAGUUGUAAGAAACACGAAUAAAAUAGAAUUUAGUAUUAUCACUGAUUUUAUUUUCCAUGCUUCAUUUGAUAUCUUAAUGAGUAACUUGAAAAUCAAAAUAUCAUCCAAGUUCUUUGAUUCUACGUUUACAAAACGAUCAUUAUGGGACUACAAAGAUCAAAAUCCGAAAAAUAUCACAUUUUACAUUUGUGUUUCUCAGGCAGCAGAUGCAAAGCUUGAACUAGUAUCUAAUGAACUUGUUCUUUACUCUGAGAAUAUGAAUAUUGAUCCUGUUGCGUUUUUACUUCCAAAAAGAAGCUGGGGUCAUGGAAAAGAUGAUAGUCCGAUGCUAACAGACUUUUGCUUAUCAGGAAAUAGAAUUACAACAUUCGUUUAUGAAGAUUUCUUUUUCAAACAUCCAUUAUCAAGUAAUUACAACAAUUUUACCCACCCUUGCGAAGAUUUCAAAAAGCAAUAUAACUAUAAAAAGAUUAUGGAUAAUUCUCCUAUAUAUUUCCUUACUAAUAACUAUGAACAAUCUCUGAAAAUUUCAAUUUUGCCAAUUCUUCAAGAAUUAUACAAUUCUCAAUUUAGGAAACGAUUGAUUGUAUCAUAUACAGUUAAUACACCUAUAAUUAAGCUGUUUUCAAAGAUCCCACAAAUUAAAUUACUCGAUUCAUCGACGAAAUGCUUUAAUCAGAACAAAUUCCCUGUUAAAGAAUCAAGCGAUUACAGUUAUAUAAGGAAAGCAAUACCAAUUACAGAAAAUAAGAUUAAUAAUACAAUUUUAAUUAUUGCUUCAAACGAAAUGCAAAAAGUACCAAACAUCCAAUCAAUUAUUAAUGAAAAGAAGGCGGCGUGCACUGUAAACAUGAUCAGUCAAAAUACUCCAACAGAUCAGUACAUUCAGAACAUAAAAACUGCUUCAGAGAUAUGGAUAUUUGAUGAACCAUCAGCAUAUUGCAUGAUUUACGCUCAACCUGGAAUAAUUAUUACGCAUUUCAUGCAGAAUAUUCCAAAUUGGGAAUUUGAACUCGCAAGGGAACUUGGAAUAUUCUUGUCAAUUGCAGAUUCAAUCAGUCAAUCUCAAAAUUCCGAAAUUUCGAAUAAUUAA